AUGGACAAAUUUCUAGUAAAAUCAAAUAAGACAAAGAGAAGAGUUGAUGAUGAGGAAAUACAAAAUAUUCCUUCAACGUCUAGUUCUUCUGUUAAAGUUCAGUCAAGUGAAGAAAAUUCUGACAGUAGUCACGAAAGUACUACAAUAAAAAAAAAGAAAAAGGCAUAUAAGCAAAAGUACACUGAUAAAUGGGGAGAAACUGACCCGACAACAAGUGAAUGGCUUGUAAAAUCAAAAAAGCAAAUGAUGUGCAAAGUGUGCAACAAAGAACUUACAGGUGGAAUAACUCACAUAAAAAGACAUAGUGCUACACAACUUCAUCUCAGAAAUAUUAAUGCAUCACGAAAAAGCAAAAAAAUAACGGAUAUUAUUGUCCCUGAUAAAACAAGACAAUUAAACCGUAAUAUACAAAUGGGUGAGAUGAAAUUAGUUAUGUUCAUUGCGGAACAUAACUUAUCUUUUCAAACCUUAGAUCAUUUAACAAAAUUAAUUGGUUCAGUUUGUCCUGAUUCUGAAAUUGCAAAAAAAUUAGUAUGUGGGAGAAAGAAAGGUACCAAUAUGUGUCUUAAUAGAACUGGUCCUUUUAACUUAAAGCAAAUAGUGUCAAAUUUGCAAAAUAGUUACUACUCAUUAAUUAUUGAUGAGACUACCGAUAUAAGCACAUUAAAAUGUUUGGCGGUAAUUGCUAGAUACUUCUGGAAGAACACUGUGCACGAUAAUUUUAUAGGACUGAUUGAAGUAAAUCAGUCAACAUCUGAAGCAUUAUUUAAUGCUGUAACAGAAUUGCUUUCAGAGUAUAAAAUACCAUUUAAGAACAUGGUAGGGUUUGCAGCAGAUAACUGCUCAGUAAUGAUGGGUGAUAAGACAGGCGUAAAGGCUCGACUGCAAGAAAAAAUCCGAAUAUUUUUAUAUUAG